UAUCGUUACGCCGUGAUUGAAUGAGUCUUAUUAUGUGAUUGGUCGCUUGAAGUACUGAUGUGCGCCGUAGCGUUCUGCGCAGGAAGGAACGCCUGGAUUGGCGAAAAGUGAGAAAGAACAGUGAGUGAAGACAGUCGUUGUUGGACGCUAGACACGUACGCGUCUUUGUGCAACUCUCGAGUAAUAAAAAUUACCUUGUUCCUUCAAUAUAUCAAAUAUCGUCUUUCACCUACUAUCAUCCUUAUCCUGACAUCUCCCCGCGACACAUAUCGUGGUCAGUGCCGUAAACUACGGUGCGUAACAACAAGAACAGAAAUAAACUCUUUACAUAACGGUGACGAGACAGGUGUGCAAACAUGCCCGAAAAGUGGUUUGUUAUUAGGCCCAAAAAGCGAGAAAAAUUUCUAUGUAAUUGCGAACGGCAAGGAAAAAGAGUGCAUAACGGUUCUCUGCACGUUUUUUGCUGCUGGUGAGGCAAUACCACCGAUGAUCGUAUUUCCCUAUAAAAGAAUUCCGGUACACAUUGUCCAAUCAGUCCCAGACGGGUGGCCAAUUGGUCGGUCAGAUAGUGGUUGGAUGAUACACGCCACAUUCUAUGAAUAUGUAGCCAACGUUUUUUAUCCAUGGUGCGUAGGAAAUAACGUACAAUUCCCGGUGCUAUACUUCCUUGAUGGACAUAAAUCUCACAUCAGUUUGGCACUUCGAGAUUUCUGUGUCGAACACGCAAUCAUUCCCUACUGCUUGCCGCCUAAUUCCACUCACAUAAUGCAACCGUGCGACGUUACAAUAUUUAAACCAUUGAAAGCACAUUGGAAAAAAGUAGUGUACGAACACAAACAGCAAACGCAGAAACCAAUUACAAAAGCAAAUUUUGCUUUGUUAUUCAAAAAAGCUUUUGACCGUCUAUUACUUAAAGUAGAAACUAUUCAGAAUGGCUUUAAAACUUGCGGAUUGUAUCCUUUCGACGAGAAUGCGGUUAAUUAUAGUAAGUGCAUUUCCACUAGGAGAGCCAAUCUUCAACAAAUGUCAUUAAAAUCCAUCUCGACACAGGACUUUGCUUCAACAAAGAAAGUCAUAGAGCACGUUAUUGGACCUGCAAAAGCCAAAUUGUUUGCAAAAAUGAGAAAUGCAAUCCAAGGCGAAAAUGCUACCGAUCCUCUCUUUACGCUGUGGACAAUUUUUACCGAUCAUGUUGAAGAUACACAUAGGUAUGUCAAACGACGAAGAAAGCAUUCCCAACACUCUAGUACAGGCUCAAGAAAAUGUCAUUCUGAUCUCGGACGAUGCAAUAUUGCAAGAAGUUGAGAAUUCUAUCUCGUUUCCCUUCGAAGAAUUGACGGAUCUUAAUUCGGAUUUGCCAAUAUAUAAGAUUGUUAUGGAGGAUUCCACUAAGGAAGAAAGAAAGAUGAUUGAUAGCGAGUAUACACGACUAGUCUUAGAUGAAAAUCGGAACAACCUGGAGGAAAAUGAUGAAACUAUUGUCAGCGAAUGCAUAGUAAAUAUCUUACAUAAAGAGAAUAAUAAUUUGAGAAUCCAUGAAACAAAUAUAGAGAAAGAGAGUCAUUCCGAUGGAAAUAACAAGAUUGACGAAAAUGAACGCGCAUCAAGCACCACUCAUCAGCAAGAAAAUGCUCCAUUGGAAACUUCGACUGAAGAGGAAAAUAACUUGCCAAAUGAGAAUCAGAAUAAGAAGUAUAAUAUGUCACAAGUUGCAUUAUCUAGUCGAGGAAACGUACCCAUAGAAAAAAUAUGGGAAAAGCAUCUUAAGGGCCAAUUUCACCAACCACAGUUAGCUUAACCGACGGUUAAAGUUA